GGAGGAGGAGGAGGAGGGGGCAGAGGAAGGCUCGCAGCAGCCCGGGGGUGGGGCCGGGGCAGGUGCCAAGGGGCUGCAGGAAGGGGUGGGCAGGGCCCUGCCAGCUCCUCGCUAUUGGGCUCCGGCCGGAGGCAGCGGCUGGAGCCGGGCUGGAGAGCGGCCGGUCCCGCACCCGCCGGGGCUCCCGUUAACAGGGGACCCCCCCCGGAGGCGAGGCUCCAGCGGCGGCGGAAGGAGGAGGAGAGAGGAGGAGCGGAGAGCCGUCGAAGCGGCUCCCGGCGGCCGGCUGAAGGCAGCAGUAGCCCAGCCUCGGCGGAGGUUCCCGGAGCGGCGACCUCGGAGGCAGCCGGCGGAGGACGAAGAGCCCCGGUGGAGGCUGCCGGAGCCCGGUUGAAACCGGCGGAGGAGCCCCGACGAGUCCCGGAGGCCGGCCUCGACCGGAGGCUGCCUGCCCCGUCCUCGUCUCGGAGGCUGCCGGCGGAGCCCAGCCUCGCUGGGGGCUCCCUUCUCUCUGUCCCCACCGCGGAGCCUCCCACCUCCGGAGCCCUCAGCCUCGCCGGAGGCUUUCCCCCCCCCCCCCUCCCGUCGGCCUCCCCCGUCGGAGGGAGGCCGGCCUCGCCGCCCAGCCCCGCUCCGAGCGGCGGUGCCACGGGGGAGGAGGAGGGGGAGGAGGAGGAGGACAGCACCCUUCGGCCUCCCUCCAUGGACUUGAGAUGGCCUCGGAGCUGGCCAUGAGCGGCGAGCUGCCCACCAGCCCCCUCGCCAUCGAGUACGUCAACGACUUCGUGAUGAAGUUCGAGGUGAAGAAGGAGCCGGCGGAGGCCGAGAGGCUGUGCCACCGCCUGCCCGCCGGCUCGCUGUCCUCCACGCCGCUCAGCACCCCUUGCUCCUCCGUGCCUUCGUCGCCCAGCUUCUGCGCCCCUAGCCCCGGGGGCCAACCCGCGGCGGGGCCCCCAGCGGUCCUGGGCUCCAAGCCGCAGCUGGAGGAGCUCUACUGGAUGUCGGGCUACCAGCACCACCUGAACCCCGAGGCUCUCAACCUGACGCCGGAGGACGCGGUGGAGGCGCUGAUCGGCGCCCCGCACCACCACCAGCACCACCACCACCCGCCGCAGGGCUACGAGGCGUUCCGACCCCCUUUCGGCGGCGAGGAGCUGCCCCCGGGCUCGUCCCACCACCACCACCAUCACCACCACCACCACCACCACCACCUGCGCCUGGAGGAGCGCUUCUCCGACGACCAGCUGGUGAGCAUGUCGGUGCGGGAGCUCAACCGGCAGCUGCGGGGCUUCAGCAAGGAGGAGGUGAUCCGCCUCAAGCAGAAGAGGAGGAUGAAGAACCGCGGCUACGCUCAGUCCUGCCGCUACAAGCGGGUCCAGCAGCGGCACAUCCUGGAGAACGAGAAGUGCCAGCUCCAGGGGCAGGUGGAGCAGCUCAAGCAGGAGGUGGCCCGCUUGGCCAAGGAGCGGGAUCUGUACAAAGAGAAGUACGAGAAGCUGGCGGCCCGGGGCUUCCCCCGGGAGCCCUCCCCGGCAGCCGCCCCCAAAGCCGCCGCCGACUUCUUCAUGUGAGCCCGGCCCUUUGGGGGGUGGGGGGGUGGAGAUGGGUGGCUUGGGGGUUUUGGGGGAGCAUCCCCCGAUCCCCCAGCUCGGCUUGAACCGAAAGCCUAGUUUUCUUUCGGAAAUACGGGGAGGGGGCGCUGGAAAUGGAGCCCCCCCCCCCUCCCCCCCCCUUUGCUGGGGGUGGGGGGGCGGCGGACCUGGAGCAGCCUGCAUGCGGGAGUGUAGGGCGGCGCCCCCCGGCAGCGCCAGCGCCAGCCCGGUGGCUUCUUUCCCCCACACCCCCCACCACCCUUUCAGCCCUGCGUGCUUAACACCCCCCCCCAAAACGACCUCCCCCAAAAUUAUCAUCAUUUUCGGGGUGUCCCCACGGAUCUGCCCGGGGGGGGGGCCCCGGCAGCGCUGCGCCCCUGCCCGCACCCCGCGCCGCCCUCCCGGCCGGCGAACCUGAGCCCCCCCCCCCCCCCCCCCCCCUUAACUUAUCACCCCUGUACAUAUGUAGAAAUUAGUUAGUUUUCUGCCUUUUUUUUUUUUUUUUCUGAGCCUAUAUUUUGCUUGGUGAUUUACGGGGGGAAAAAAAAAAUGCAACAAAAAUCCUUUAAAAAAAAAACAAAAAAACACGAGUCUUAAAGUUUGUAUGUAAUAGCAUGCAAAUAAUAUCCGAGUUAAUUUAAUGAUGUUGGGAAGAAGCCGAAUGCACUAUAUACAGGAAUCAAUUGGGUUAAAUAAUACUGUUGUUUUAUAGAGAUUUAAAAUUAUCUAUGCUCAUUUAAAAAAAUAAAAUAAAAAAAAAAUAGUGGGGGGGAGAGGUAACAAUUCUAGGGUGACCUGAAAGGCAAUAUAGUAAUAUAUGGACUGCAAACGGUUGGCUGCUAUCUCACUAUGCACCAGAUUUAUUUAUUAACCCUCGGGAAACGAAAUAUUAUUUUAACCUCGGUGUCGAAGGAAGGAAAGAGAAUGCACAUUAUUUCUUGCGCAAAAAGGAGGGGGGGGGGAAAAGAGAAUUCGUGCAAUUGUGCUUGAAGCGAAAGCGGGGUCGAUCCUGUGCGGAGGAGCGGGACUUUUUUUUUUUUUUAAACAAGUUGCUUAUUUAAAAAAAAAAAAACAAAAAAAUAAUAAUCUUGGGGGGG